AUGAAUAUGAAACGUGUCCCCCAGGAGCUCCGGCUCCUCAACGCCGUCCGGCGCCUCCAUGUCGCUGAAGAGCCGGAGACCAGGAGGGACGCACAGCUCGACUGCAGAGAGCACCCCGAGGACCUGGAGGCCCCGAGGACCUGGAGGCCCCGAGGACCUGGAGGCCACGAGGACCUGGAGGCCCCGAGGACCUGGAGGCCCCGAGGACCUGGAGACCACGAGGACCUGGAGGCCCCGAGGACCUGGAGACCACGAGGACCUGGAGGCCCCGAGGACCUGGAGACCCCGAGGACCUGGAGGCCCCGAGGACCUGGAGACCACGAGGACCUGGAGGCCCCGAGGACCUGGAGGCCCCGAGGACCUGGAGGCCCCGAGGACCUGGAGACCACGAGGACCCACGAGGACCUGGAGGCCCCGAGGACCUGGAGGCCACGAGGACCUGGAGGCCACGAGGACCUGGAGGCCCUGAGGACCUGGAGGCCACGAGGACCUGGAGGCCCCGAGGACCUCAUGGGAACCGUCCCCUCGCGAGCCUGGAUCGGACUGUACCAUCUCAUGGGCAACUGGAGGUGGUCGCUGUCAAACCCAAGUUUCUUCAAACCCGGAGAGCAGGAUUUCAGAUCGUGGCAUCGAGGAGAACCAAACGACGCCCACAGUGGAGAAAACUGUGUCGGGAUGACUUCCGGGCUUUGGGCCGACUACGACUGUAAUUGGGCCGGGAAGUCGCUCUGCUUCGAUGCCACAGGGCCAAACCCAUUUGUCCUCAUUGCCACCUCGAUGACGUGGACUCAGGCCCACUGCAGAGCGCACCACACAGACCUGGCCAUUGUGAGGAACGAGCAGGAGAACCUGAUGGCACGCAACACGGAUCCCUCUGGAGAGUUCGUCUGGAUCGGCCUUCACAGGGAACCGUGGAAGUGGUCUGAUGGGAGUGACUCCUCAUUUGCGUACUGGGGUCCUGGGCAGCCUCUUGGCUUUAAGGACUCCUCUGAGGCCUGUGUGGCAGCAGACUUCAGUGCCGAUGGACUAUGGGAGACCCUGGACUGUGACGCCAAGUCAGCAUUCAUCUGCUACACCGACGUUCCUGUUUCGAAGCGAGUGGUGAAGGUGAGGCUGGAGAAAAGAGACUCCGCUCUGGAUCUGAACGACCCCGUGGUGACGGAGAACCUCUUGAAGAAGCUCAAACAGAAGCUGGAGGACCAGGGGCUGAACGACGACAUCAAGCUGAGCUGGAAGAAACAGUCGGAUGGAAAAGUCUUCCACAAAGAAGAGAAGGAGACCAAGAAGAAGAAGAGUUGCGAUGAGCUGUAAUGUUCUGUCAAUCCACUCUGGUCAGACGCUUCCUUUCUCCUCCUCUUCCUCCUCUUCCUCCUUUUCUUCUUCCUCAAAGAACCCAAUGCAGACCCUUUUUCUGUGAAGUACUCUGUUUCCAUCCCAUAGUCCUUCAGCCUCUUCCUCCACUCCAUCCAUCUGUCAGCUUCAGGUUCUCCUCUCAGAAAUACGGGUUCUGAACAGGUUCUGAGGUUCUCCCCAGAACCCUUUCCUUCUCCUCCUCUUCAGGAACCUCAUGAGGAACCCACAGUGAGUUCUAGGUGGAACGCUCGGUUCCUGGUAGAACCUUUAGGAAAGGCUCCAGCAGGAGACCCUCCAGGGUUCUAGUUGGUACAUUGAUUUGAGUUUAUAGAAUAUUAAUCUGUGUUUAUCAACCUGCUGCCGCGUUAGAAUGCUGCUUACAUGAGUAAUAAUGAUCCAAGAACACGCUGUUUAUGAGAGUAAAGCUCUCUGAAAGGGUUUAUUCUGCAUAAAGAGUACUUUGACAUUUAUUAACGAAGACCGUGUUCAUCUAUAACUCUGAAUGUAGCGGUUUUAAGGGUGAAGCUUUGUUUAUUCAUGGUGUCGAUGCUUCUUUAGCUUCAAUAAAACAUUUGACUCAGAUUCUGUGUCUCAGUUCUUCAGCUCAGAGUCUGAUGGCUGGAACUAUGAAACAUGAGAUCACAUGAGAUCACAUGAGAUCACACGACUAUGAGAUCUAGGGGGUACG